ACGGCUGGAGAACGGACAUUUCAGAGCAUCCCCUGAAGGCAACAUCGGGAACACCAACGGUUUUUUCCCCCAGUUUGUCUGUUUAAACCGGGUUCAAAGUGCCGUUUCGAGUAGUAAUUUACCACAAACAACGUGUAUAAAAACGAUAAAGAGAGUUUAAAGAACAAGAGGAGAACAUGGCGGAAAAUAUCAGCACCGAGGAGCAGGAGAGGUCGUUAUUUUUGGUUCAAAUCCGGUAUUUAGAGGAGGAGCUAGACAGAUUUAAGCUGGCAAGUGAAGAGCUGGACAAGCAGAACCAAGAGCUGAUCUCAAAUUACAACCAGCUGGAGAAGGACAAGAGGGACAAGACCGAGCGUUUGAAACGCUUUGUGGCGGCAAAAGAGAAGCGAAUGGAUGAGCUGAGCGAGGAGCUGCAGACGCGGCUCCUGCUGGGGAAACGCGGCCGUGAGACGCUGAAGCAGGACCACAGCAUCACGAAGCAGCAGCUGCAGGAGCAGAUAGACGAGGUUCAGGCUGAGAUAGAGCUGCAGGCUGUGACUCUGGAGGAGAACGAUGAGCGCAUCGUGGAGCAGAGGCCGCAUGUGCCUGACAUAGAAUCAGUAGAAGAGGAGCUUCUGAAGAAGAAAGCUGAGCACGACACUUUUAUUGGCCAGCUGAAGAGGAACUCAGAGCUGGCGUGUGAAACGCUGAUCCAGCACUUCCAGGACUACAAGGAGCACACGGAGAACUGUGAAGCCAACAAGCUGCUGGCGACGGGCCGAGCGCUGCACCUGGAGCAGACCGAAAUCGCCGCCUUCCUGGUGAAAGAGCAGGCGACCCUGAGGGAGGAGAUCGCUGCCGUGAAGAAGAAACAGAAAUACAUCAGCUCCACCGGCCGGGGGCUGUGCAGGAAACUCACCCAUCUGAGCCACCUGAGAAACGUCAACGAGCAGGACGUGAAGCUUCUGAAGAAAGCGUUUCUGGAGCUCAAGGAGGAAAAAGAAGAAAGCAUCAAGAACCAGGAAGAUGCUCUGAUUGAGACUGAAGCUCUCAGCCAGCAGGUCAGCAAAGUGCACCAGGACUUCCAGCAGAGAGUGGUCGACAUCCAGCGGCUGGAGAAGGAGCUGGAGAAGGAGACGGUCAGGAGGAGGGAGCUGGAGGGAGUGAAGGAUGAAGCAAAGGUCAUCCUGAAGCACAUCCUGGAGGGUAAGGAUGAACUGUCUGUGGCGCAGUGGAAGAUCCUGAGGCUGGUGGAGAUCCUAAACCGAGCAGCGCCGCAGAACCCCGAGCCGACUACCAGCAGCUUCCGUAAUAAGCCCAGAGGACUCCGGAAACGGCACUCCUGUUACCCAUGCAGUUCCAGAAAUAUGAACCCCUCUGGUUCCGACCCGUCUGGCUCCGUCUGACCCGUCAGACCCGACUCCUCUGCGGUCACAGACUGGUACCGGCUCCGCCGGGCCGUAAGCAGGAGCGGUUUAACGAGUCGCAGGGUCCAAUAAAUGUUCCAUCCAUUUUG